CUAUGGUUGUUCCAGUCAUCUUGAUGCCGGGCGCGCUUGUCAAAUUCUGAGAACCCCUUGCGCCAUUCAGCUCGGUCUCCGUGCAUUCCACCAUCGGCCUGUGAUCGCGGCAUGUUUACGGGAGAAGUUAGUUACAUAACCAGCGAAGCUCCGAGUGCAUCUCCUGCAGUGGUUUCGAGGACGGUGAUUCGAAGGAACGGCGAAUUAUAUCGUGAAUGAUAGUUAAAAUGUGUUAGCUUAAUGUGUUAUUCUUGUGGUUUCCGUGUGAUACGUGUUUUUUAAUUGUUAAUCGCAACGUCCGAAAUGGGUUUAAAAGAAGAACAGAAACCGCUCCUGGUGAACCAAGGCACCAAAAAUUCUCAAACCUACAGCAGCACCAAUUACUCUGACAACAGCGCACCCACAGACCAAUGCGUCCUCACGUUGGACCCCGUGAAACAGGGCGGUGGGGCGGGGGGAGGGGGCGGUCCGCCCAAAAAACCCCCCUCGAACGGCGUCCGCGCCAAAUUCCCGGAGGAAAACAUAACCUACACGUGGUCCGGCAUCAACGUCUUCGCCUCCGGACAGGACCAAAGGCACACCAAAAUCUGGGGCGGAAUCAAGUCCCUGUUCUGUAAAAAGAAUCCUAGUGCUAGAAGUCAUCAGCGUAAACACAUUCUCAAAAACGUAACUGGGAUAGCAUACCCAGGUGAGCUGUUAGCGAUAAUGGGCUCCAGUGGUGCAGGAAAGACAACACUGCUCAACACUCUAACAUUUAGGAAUAAUGGAAACAUUGUCAGCGGCCAGCGAGCAGUCAAUGGAAUCCCAAUAAACUCUACAACCUUGUCUUCUCUCUCUGCCUAUGUACAGCAAGAUGAUCUAUUUAUAGGAACCUUAACCGUUAGGGAGCAUUUAGUAUUUCAGGCUUUAGUACGAAUGGAUCCUCAAAUUCCUUAUUCUCAAAGAAUGAUCCGUGUGGAAGAGGUCAUAAAAGAGUUAACAUUAAGUAAAUGUCAGCACACUGUGAUAGGAACUCCUGGUAGAAUAAAGGGUAUAUCAGGAGGAGAAAUGAAAAGGCUGUCCUUUGCAUCUGAGGUAUUAACAAAUCCUCCUGUCAUGUUCUGUGAUGAACCAACUUCCGGCUUGGAUUCUUUCAUGGCUCAAAACGUAGUAACCGUACUGAAAUCAAUGGCUUUGAAAGGGAAAACAAUCAUCUGUACAAUUCAUCAGCCCUCCUCAGAAGUUUACGCCAUGUUCGACAAAAUCUUGUUGAUGGCUGAGGGACGAGUCGCAUUUUUAGGAUCUCCUGAUGACGCUUUCAACUUUUUCAAAGGGCUAGGUGCAUCUUGUCCAAGUAACUAUAACCCUGCAGAUUACUAUAUUCAACUCUUAGCAAUCGUUCCAACUCAGGAAGAAGCAUGUAGAGAUCACGUUGACAUGGUCUGUGAUUCUUUUGAAAGAUCCGAGCAAGGUAUAAAGUUAACUGCUGUCACUGAGCUCAGCGGGGACCUUCAGGCUAAAGCAAUGCUUAGUAGUUGGGGUGAGACAUGGCAAGGAGGAGUUGCAAACCGAUCACCGUACAAAGCAUCUUGGUGGGCGCAGUUCGAGGCUGUGCUUUGGCGCUCAUGGCUUAGUAUUAAGAAAGAACCUGUUUUGAUCAAAGUUAGACUGUUACAGACUCUCAUGGUUGCGAUCAUGAUCGGGCUCAUUUAUUUUGACCAAAAUCUAGACCAAGACGGAGUAAUGAAUAUUAACGGUGCUUUAUUCAUUUGCAUCACCAACAUGACUUUCCAGAAUGUUUUUGCUGUAAUUAGUGUAUUUUGUUCCGAACUGCCAGUAUUCAUGAGGGAGCAUUUCAAUGGGAUGUAUCGCACAGACGUGUAUUUUCUGUGUAAAACUAUGGCAGAAGUCCCAAUAUUCUUAGCCAUUCCCUGUAUUUUUACCUGUGUCAUGUAUUACAUGGUUGGAUUAAAUCCAAAAUUCUCCCACUUUCUUGCGGCUGGUGCCAUCAUCACUCUUGUCAGUAACGUCGCCACAUCAUUCGGUUACUUCAUUUCAUGUGCUAGCUCAAACGUGUCUGUAGCUCUAUCUAUUGGGCCUCCUGUCAUUAUUCCGUUCCUCUUGUUUGGAGGUUUCUUCUUAAAUGUUGGAUCCGUUCCAUCAUACUUCAAGUGGCUGAGUUAUUUAUCUUGGUUCAAGUAUGGAAACGAAGCAUUACUGAUCAACCAGUGGGCAGAUAUUGACACUAUCGCUUGUACUCGAGCUAACACGACUUGUCCAAAGAACGGCCAUAUUGUCCUUGAGACGUACAACUUCAGUGAGAAUGAUUAUCUGAUGGAUUAUGUGAGCCUUAUUUUACUCAUGAUCGUCUUCCGGCUUCUUGGGUUCUUCUCUCUCUUGUACCGGACGUUGCGAAAAUAAUUUGCUGUUAAAAAUUCGCUUUUUGUGAACAAAAUCCCUGUAAAAUACUAUUCCUCUAAUAGACCCUUCUUAUUUGUUUUGUUGUUGUUGUUGUUAAUUUAGUUACUUUGGUAAUCAUUCCUUGGUACCUACUUUGAUUUAACAAGUUGAUCUUGGUCUUUUGUUUUGCAAGAUCGAAUUCGCUUCUGUAGUCAGUUAAAACCUUUCUAUCUCUCCUAUGGUUAAGUUAGACUCCUUUUCAUUUUCUUUUUUUUUAAAAAAAAGAAAGAAAAAAAAAACUGCCUCUCAAAGAAUGGAAGUAGUGAUAUUGUAUAUAGUGUUAAAUUUGGGAGAAACUGACAAAUAAUAGCUCUUAAAUUUUCUCAAAGAAUCAACAGAGUUUACAUCAAGGAGCUUCCAGAAAGAGAGAACCAUUUUGAUUUGUCUUUGAAAUAUUAAUGCCAGGAAAAACCGAAAUUAACCGUUCAAUUCUGUGCAUGCUCAGCUUUAGUUAGACUUUAUUUUGCAAGUAGGGACUACAAUUUCUGGCUCAGUUUAGAAAAAACGUAAGCACCAUUAGUUUUCCUAUGCACACAAGAGUUUUUCAGAUGAGCCAGGAAUUAUAGUUCCGAAUCAUGAAAUGUAGUCCAAUUUAAGCUCCUACCACCUUAGAAUUAGAAUAGAAAUGUGCUGAGGAGUCCAAAUUAUUCCGAUUUUGCUAGUUACCUCACUAUCGAGUCUUUCUGCAGGAAAAUGCCAAGUACAUAAGUAGUUAGCGAAUGUCAAGUCACGCAUGAAAGAGAAUAUCCAUCGUUAGUAAGCUGAUUAAUUGAUUAGAUUUCUUCUGGCAUUUGUGAUUUCCAAGAGAUUCCAUAACAGUACUUAUUUUCUGGAUGCUCCUCAUCAAACACAGAGUAAUAAAAUUAAAUGCAAGUCAGAUUAAUUCCUUCUCAGACCUCUCUCAAUCCGUUUUAAUUCUUUGAAGUGUUUUGUUGAUGUGGAACGUCGUAAUUGAAUGGCACGGCCUUUCAAAAUUAAGUAGUCUAACGAUGAAAAUUUCGAGUCUUUUAUUUCUCAAAUCUUUUUGCGAAAAAUCCGGAGAUGAACUUAUCUUUACAAAUCCAGGAAUAUUCCUUUCUGGCUUUUGCAAGGAAUUUUCCUGAAAUUUUGAAGCAAAACCGUAUUUUAGGAGGAAAGAAGGGGCCAUCUAGCGUUUUUGAACUGUUUCAGAAAGUAACAUUGCUACGUCUAAAAUCGUUUAGCAAACUCAGCUCAAUUGUAUACAUCUCACAUAGCUGCUCUUUUGUGUCAAUGUUUCUAUGAUACUGAAAUGUUGUAUUUUUUAUCAACAAUUCCAGGAGCAAUGUUUUUUAAGUACAAGCAUCAAUUAUGAUUGUAAAAUUAUUAGUAUUACAAGUAUUUUUUUAAAAUUAUUUUUCUAAAACCUUUCAAGCCCCAUAUUUUCAUGCACUAUCUUGACAUAUUUAUAGAGUCUUGAGCAUUCUUUUCUUUAUGAGAAUGAAUUAGGUUUUUUCCCUAAACCGAUAGAUAUACUUAAUUUUUUAAGAAGCCCAGGUGCCAAAAUCCAAGUUAAGAAAAACAGUGCCAAUCAGCAUGCAGUCAAUCUUUUAAUCCCAAAAACAGUAUAUGUCCAAAAAAUACCUACAAUAGGGUUCAAAAGCUUGUAUGCAUGCCAAAUGACUCUUUUUCUAUUUUUCUUGAAACUUGGAUUUUGGCGAUUAGGCCCGCAAGAAAAAUAUGGGUUAAAUUAUUAAAUAUUGUCUCACAAUGGUUUUACUUUCAGUUUUGUCGGCUCUUAAUUGCGAUCCAAACUUACCACCGACAAAAAAACAAUAAGAAUGACUGGAUAAGCACUAAUCACUUUUCGAAAAUCAGUUUUUUUUUAAAGGAAAAACAAAAAUACAACAUACUAAAAAACAA